AUGUCUACUGAAUCGAGUUCAAAAGUUAAUAUAUUGGAUUACGUUAGCAAGUUUCGUAGUCGGUUGCAUGAUGCAUGCCUUCUUGCUAAAGAGUCAUUGGCCUCUGUUCAGGAGAAUAUGAAACGCCAGUAUGAUUUCAAAACAGUUGCCCGUUCAUUUUUACCUGGUGACAAAGUGCUAGUACUUCUGCCUGUCACAGGUUCAUCACUGUCUGCCCGGUUCUGUGGUCCUUAUACAAUAGCUAAGAAAAUGAGUGAGACAGAUUAUAUGGUUAAUACGCCAGAUAGGAAACGUCAGUCUCGUGUUUGCCAUAUAAACAUGCUAAAAUCUUACCAUGACCGUGAGAAACCCCUCGCAGAUGCUGCGGAUCAGAUGAAAAAGCCCACUAUCUCUUCCGUAGUUACCGCCGUUGAUCUGGGUUCCUCUCGUGGUUGUGCGGGUGAUGACGAGGAUGGAGUGAUGCUUCGCAACACUCCUCAGCAAUGUGCGCGGUUACCAAACUCUGAAAUAAUAAAAGAUCUCCCGUCAUUCCUUACUCAUUUAACUACAGAACAGAGUUCUGACAUUGUUAAAUUGAUUUCUGAUUUUCCCUGUCUUUUUGGCGAUGUUCCCCGACAAACCACGGUUUUGCAGCAUGAAAUUAAUGUCGAUGGUGCUCGUCCUAUUAAGCAACAUGCCUAUCGUGUAAAUGCAAUUAAAAGAUCUAUUAUGCGCCAAGAAGUAAAAUACUUACUAGACAAUGGGUUAGCUAAACCAAGCUGUAGCCCGUGGAGUUCUCCGUGUCUUCUGGUUCCCAAACCUGACGGAACGUUCAGGUUUUGCACCGACUACCGUAAGGUCAAUGCGGUAACGGUGCCCGACAGUUAUCCUCUUCCCCGCAUGGAAGACUGUAAAGACAAUGUUCUAGCCGAUGCCCUUUCCAGAGUUUAACCCUCUAAUUGUGUGAUAGAACAAACACCUGUUUGUUCUUAAGGGAGGGUGUGUUACGUCCGUGUAGGUGUGUCUUUGUUGUUGUGUCUCUCUCUCUCUCUCUCUCUCUCCGCUGUCUCUCUCUCCAGAUACACCCAGUUUCCCGAUUGGACCAUCAACAUGUCAAUCAUUGCAGUAUAUAAAUGACGUCACAUCAGGUUCCACCAAUCUCCAUUCUCCCACAGUUUUAAAAAGGACGCCAGUUCAAACGCGCGUCAGUCAUUUGCGGCUCAUUUACUGUAUUUACUGUACAAUUAUACACCCUUCUGUUACUGUGUACUGCCUGUUUCGCUUGUUAUAUUUACCCCGCCUGUGUAUGUCAGUUCAUUCUCGUUUUUCGUUAUCUCAUUUAUCCCGUUGUUUUGUCCUGAAUGUUCUGGUGUUUCGUUUUCCCCGUGCCGGGGAAAGGCGGACAGGUAAGAUUGUCGCGCGACAUACAUUGUGCACACGUAGGGAAAUAUUAAUUUUGUAUUAGACACACUAGUUUAGGAGUGAGUGCCACCCUUGUAUGUUUUUUCUCGACUGUUAUCUAGCUAGUGUAGUUUAGUUAGGGCGUGUAUACGCUGAAGACCUUUUGUUUUAUUUUUAUUUUCUUUAGAUUAGUUUAGAGGUCUUUAAAAAUAGUUAGCUUCGUUUUGUUUUGUUUCUUUCGUUGAUUUAGCACCACUCUCGUCCCCUUUCCUUUGGUUCUGUGUUUUGUGUUCCACCCCUGUAAAUAUUGUAAAUAUUAUUUUGCUAUUCUCAUUUUUGUUUUCUUCUUAUUAUUAUUAUUAUUAUUAUUAUUAUUAUUAUCAUUAUUAUCAUUAUUAUUAUUCACACUUUUGUCACUUUGUUC